UCUCGCCAUGGGGAUGUUCUGUGAUAAAGUCUUCACUUUACUAUAGGUUAUGUUAUUUUGGACAAUUUCAAAGUUAAAUUUUACUUUUGAAUCUCUACAGGAAAACUCUGUUGAAAAUGAGCGAAUUGAGCCCCCUAGAAUACUUCAUAUGUGGAGGAUUUGGGGGUAUUAGUACUAUAUUAGUUGGCCACCCACUGGACACUAUUAAAGUGAGAUUACAAACAAUGCCAGUGCCAAAAAAAGGCGAAUUGCCUCAUUAUACAAGUACAUUAGACUGUCUUAAAAAGACGAUAAAAUAUGAAGGACCAAAAGGUCUAUAUAAAGGUAUGGGGGUACCCUUGCUGGGCGUGUCUCCAAUAUUUGCACUUUCCUUCAUGGGGUUUGGUGUUGGAAAAACAAUAUUUUGCCCUGCGGAUACAUUACAACAUACCUACUUUCAAUAUUUUAUGGCUGGAGCAUUUUCUGGCAUUUGUACUACAGCGAUUAUGGCUCCAGGAGAACGAAUUAAGUGUCUACUACAGAUUCAAGAGGGUGUAGCAGCUAAUAAGCAAUAUAAUGGACCUCUAGAUGUAGUUAUAAAAUUAUAUAAACAGGGCGGAAUUGCUGCUUUAUAUAGAGGAGGCGGAGCAACACUGCUUAGAGAUGUGCCAGCAAGUGGGCUUUAUUUCCUAACUUACGAUGCUGUGCAGCAUUAUAUAACGGAAAACGGCAAACAUCAACCAAGUAUAAUAGGAACAAUUUUAAGUGGAGGUGCAGCUGGUAUUGCCAACUGGUUGAUUGGAAUGCCAGCAGAUGUUCUCAAAAGCCGAUUGCAAACUGCACCAGAAGGAACAUAUCCCAAUGGAGUAAAAGAUGCAUUUAAAGCAUUAAUCAAGACAGAAGGUCCACUAGCUCUUUAUAAAGGGAUAACUCCAAUUCUCCUAAGGGCAUUUCCGGCAAAUGCAGCUUGCUUCUUAGGAUUCGAGCUAGGCAAAAAAAUUCUGAAUCACUUUAAGAACCCAAAAAACGACCAACGGACUAAUUUAGAUCAAGUAACAUAGUCCCUUAUAUAAAUGUUUAGACAAUUUUCGUUUCUUAAUUAUUGAUAUUUUUGUAAUUUUUUUUUUCCUAUG